GGGGAUACUGCAGACAGUUAUUAUUGUACGAUAACCAUCUGAACAGUAAAAAUGAGUGGCAGAGGAAAGGGAGGAAAAGGACUCGGUAAAGGAGGCGCCAAGCGUCACCGUAAAGUUCUCCGUGAUAACAUCCAGGGAAUCACCAAGCCCGCUAUCCGCCGUCUGGCUCGCCGUGGUGGAGUCAAGCGUAUCUCCGGUCUGAUCUACGAGGAGACUCGCGGUGUGUUGAAGGUUUUCCUGGAGAACGUCAUCCGUGAUGCCGUCACCUACACCGAGCACGCCAAGAGAAAGACCGUGACUGCCAUGGAUGUGGUGUAUGCUCUGAAGAGGCAGGGUCGCACUCUGUACGGCUUCGGCGUACGAACGGAAGACAAGAUGGCAGAAGUAGCUCCAGCUCCAGCCGCCGCUCCGGCGAAAGCGGCCAAGAAGAAGGCGGCGACCAAACCGAAGAAGGCUGGCCCCAGCGUCAGAGACCUCAUCGUCAAGUCUGUGUCCGCAUCCAAGGAGCGCAGCGGCGUGUCUCUGGCCGCCGUCAAGAAGGCUCUGUCUGCCGGAGGUUACGAUGUGGAGAAGAACAAGGCCCGCGUUAAGGUCGCCAUCAAGGCUCUGGUCGCUAAGGGGACUCUGGUCCAGACCAAGGGCACCGGGGCAUCCGGCUCCUUCAAGAUGAACAAGAAGGCUGCUGAGCCCAAAGCCAAGAAGCCGGUCAAGAAAGCCGCUCCUAAAGCCAAGAAGCCCGCAGCCAAGAAACCCGCAACACCCAAGAAGCCCAAGGCAGCAGCAGCAAAGAAGCCGGCAGCCAAGAAAUCCCCCAAGAAAGUCAAGAAGCCCAAGGCCGUGGCAGCCAAGAAAGCAGCUAAGAGCCCCAAGAAGCCCACCAAGAGCCCCAAGAAAGUGGCACCCAAGAAGGCCCCUGCAGCCAAGAAAGCUCCCGCUAAGAAGGCUGCCAAGCCCAAAGCCAAGAAGGCAGCACCCAAGAAGAACAGCGUCACCAUUUCACAGCCGGUCUCACAGUUUAAGAGCAGCGUGUCUCCUCUCUUUACUACACUUUUCUCCUGUUCAGAGAAAGAAAGAACGAUGGCAAGAACCAAGCAGACCGCUCGUAAAUCCACCGGAGGCAAAGCCCCCAGGAAGCAGCUGGCCACCAAGGCUGCCCGUAAGAGCGCCCCGGCCACCGGCGGCGUGAAGAAGCCUCACCGUUACAGGCCCGGUACCGUGGCUCUGAGAGAGAUCCGUCGCUACCAGAAAUCCACCGAGCUGCUCAUCCGCAAGCUGCCCUUCCAGCGCCUGGUCAGAGAAAUCGCUCAGGAUUUCAAGACCGACCUGCGCUUCCAGAGCUCCGCUGUCAUGGCUCUGCAGGAGGCCAGCGAGGCUUACCUGGUCGGCCUCUUCGAGGACACCAACCUCAGUAUCUCAGUAAAAAUGAGUGGCAGAGGAAAGGGAGGAAAAGGACUCGGUAAAGGAGGCGCCAAGCGUCACCGUAAAGUUCUCCGUGAUAACAUCCAGGGAAUCACCAAGCCCGCUAUCCGCCGUCUGGCUCGCCGUGGUGGAGUCAAGCGUAUCUCCGGUCUGAUCUACGAGGAGACUCGCGGUGUGUUGAAGGUUUUCCUGGAGAACGUCAUCCGUGAUGCCGUCACCUACACCGAGCACGCCAAGAGAAAGACCGUGACCGCCAUGGAUGUGGUGUAUGCUCUGAAGAGGCAGGGUCGCACUCUGUACGGUUUCGGCGGUUAAACUCAUUAUUCUCUUUACUAUUAAAACCAAAGGUCCUUUUAAGGGCCCCU